AUGAGGGUUAUUGAAGUAAUUAUUGACGGCUUCAAGUCUUAUGCCGUGCGUACCGUGAUCUCAGGAUGGGACGAGAGUUUCAAUUCGAUCACUGGCCUCAACGGUAGUGGAAAGUCAAACAUCCUCGAUGCGAUAUGUUUCGUUCUCGGAAUUACAAACAUGUCAACGGUUCGAGCGCAAAAUCUACAGGACCUGAUAUAUAAGCGCGGUCAAGCUGGUGUGACAAAAGCCAGCGUCACAAUUGUUUUCGACAAUCGAGAAACCAAAAAGUCCCCGAUCGGUUUCGAAGAAUAUGCCACCAUUAGUGUUACACGACAGAUCGUCCUUGGAGGAACAUCCAAGUACCUCAUCAACGGCCACCGCGCUCAACAACAGACAGUGCAAAACCUAUUCCAGUCGGUGCAGCUCAACAUCAACAGCCCCAACUUCCUCAUUAUGCAGGGUCGCAUCACAAAAGUCCUCAAUAUGAAGGCUGUAGAGAUCUUGGCCAUGAUAGAGGAAGCUGCCGGAACCAGAAUGUUCGAGGAUCGUCGAGACAAGGCGCUCAAGACAAUGGCCAAGAAGGAAACCAAGCUAGUCGAGCUUCGAGAGCUCCUCAAGGACGAGAUUGAGCCCAAAUUGGAGAAGCUGCGAACUGAAAAGCGUGCUUUCCUAGACUUCCAGCAGACUCAAAACGACCUGGAGAGACUGACUCGAGUGGUCGUUGCGUACGAUUAUCUGCGCUACCAAGACUCUCUAAGCCAGUCAGCAGCAGAUCUCGAAGGAAAGAAGCAAAGGCGGCGCGAUCUGGAGGAGUCAGCAGCUCGUCUGAAGAGCGAAAUUUCUCAUCUUGAAGAGGAUGUGAAGAAAGUGCGAGCUCAACGAGACAAGGAGCUUCGAAAAGGAGGCAAGGCUUCAGCACUAGAGGAGGCAGCCAAGAAGCACUCGAAUGAGCUUGUGCGACUAGCCACCAUUCUUGAUCUGAAGAAGUCCAGCUUGUCAGAGGAAGAAGAAAAGAAGGUGGCUGUUGAGAAGACGGUCUCAGAGUUGGAAGCCACCCUGCAGGAGAAGACAGCCGCUUUCGAAAACGCAAAGGCCCGGUACGAUGCCGCCAAGGAAGAUCUCGAACAGCAAAACAAAGACGCUGAGUCUAAGGAAGAACUCCUUCAAACUCUGCAGACAGGUGUGGCCUCCAAGGAUGGCCAAGAGAACGGCUACCAGGGUCAACUUCAAGAUGCAAAGAAUCGUGCAACGACGGCGGCUACAGAGCAAGAGCAAGCAAAGAUCAAGAUUGCGCAUUUGGAAAAGCGUGUCAAGGAAGAGGAGCCUCGUGCAAAAAAGGCGAAGGAGCAGAACGCCGAUCUUCUGCACGAUCUUGAAGGCCUGAAGACACAAGCCCAGAAGUUAGAGAAAGAACUUGGUCGACUGGGCUUCGAACCUGGUCAGGAAGAGCAGAUGUUUAAGAGGGAGUCAGAGUUGCAACAAACAGUUCGCAAUUUGAGGCAGGAAUCUGACAAGCUGAAGCGCCAAGUCGCCAACACAGAGUUCAACUACGCGGAUCCUGUGCCCAACUUUGAUCGAUCCAAGGUCAAGGGUCUUGUCGCCCAAUUAUUCACUCUUGACAAGGAGCACACUCAGGCCGGCACUGCGUUGGAGAUCUGCGCCGGAGGACGUCUAUACAACGUCGUGGUUGAUACUGAGAUCACAGGUACACAGCUGCUACAAAGGGGCAAGCUACGAAAGCGUGUCACUAUCAUUCCUCUCAACAAGAUCGCUGCUUUCAAAGCUUCAGCACAAACCAUCGCUACGGCUCAAAACAUCGCACCUGGCAAGGUUGAUCUGGCGCUGUCUUUAGUUGGCUACGAUCACGAGGUGUCAGCAGCUAUGGAGUAUGUCUUUGGCAAUACUCUGAUCUGCGCUGAUGCAAAUACUGCUAAGAGGGUCACUUUCGACCCGAACGUGCGCAUGAGAAGUAUCACUCUUGAAGGAGAUGCGUACGAUCCAUCUGGUACACUAUCUGGCGGAAGCUCACCAAACUCGAGCGGUGUUCUGGUACUUCUCCAGAAGCUCAACGGCCUGACUCGUCAACUGAGCGAAGCCGAAGGUGCUUUGAGGGAGCUCCAAGCCCGCAUGACUAAGGAGAAGGCCAAGCUGGACCAAGCUCGCAGAAUCAAGCAAGACUUGGAUCUCAAGAGCCACGAGAUCAAACUUGCUGAGGAGCAGAUCAGCGGCAACUCUUCGUCUUCCAUCAUUCAGGAAGUGGCGAAUAUGAAGUCAACCAUUCAAGAACUCAAAGAGGGUAUAUCCGAGGCGAAGACUCGACAAGCAAAGGCGGUCGCCGACAUAAAGACCAUUGAGAAGGAUAUGAAUGACUUCGACAACAACAAGGAUGCCAAGCUCGUCGAACUGCAGAAGGCACUUGAUAAGCUGCGAGCUGGCCUCGGUAAGAACGCUGCCGCGGUAAAGACUUUGCAAAAAGAACUCCAGGGAGCACAACUCGACGCCGAGCAAGCGGGUGUCGACUUGUCUGCUGCUCGAGAACAGUUGCAAGAAGUCGAGAUCGCCAUCAAGGCCCAACAGAAAGACAUUCAAGACCUAGCAGAGCAAAAGGCUGAACUUCAGGAAACGCACGACACUGUUCAGGCUCAGCUUGAUGAUGAACGCGCCAAGCUGCAUCAAUUCGAUGACGAGCUUCGAGCCUUGGAAGAUGCCACUCGCUCCAAGAACUCACGCAUUGCCGAGGAGAGUCUCGAAAUGCAGAAGCUUGGUCAUCUUGUGGAGAAGUUCCACAAAGAGCAACAAGGUGCUGCCGAAAAGGUCGCCCGACUAGAGAAGGAGUUCGACUGGAUUGCGGACGAAAAGGACAAGUUUGGUCGCAGCGGAACUCCGUAUGACUUCAAGAACCACAACAUUGGAGAGUGCAAGUCAACAUUACAUAACUUGACUGAGCGCUUCCAGGGCAUGAAGAAGAAGAUCAACCCCAAGGUCAUGAACAUGAUCGACAGUGUUGAGAAGAAGGAGGUGUCGCUCAAGCACAUGAUCAAGACUGUCAUCAGGGACAAGCGUAAGAUUGAAGAGACAAUCGUCAGCUUGGAUGACUACAAGAAGAAGGCACUUCACGAGACAUGGGAGAAGGUCAAUGGUGACUUUGGUAACAUCUUCUCCGAGUUGCUUCCCGGAGGCAGCUUUGCCAAGCUCGAUCCUCCCGAGGGCAAGACUAUUAGCGAUGGUCUUGAGGUCAAGGUCUGUCUUGGUAAAGUGUGGAAGCAGAGUUUGACGGAACUGAGUGGUGGACAAAGAUCGUUGGUUGCUCUAUCUCUCAUCAUGGCUCUGCUCCAGUUCAAGCCUGCCCCUAUGUACAUUCUUGACGAGGUUGAUGCCGCGCUAGAUCUGUCACAUACCCAGAACAUCGGUCGUCUCAUCAAGACCCGAUUCAAGGGCUCGCAGUUCAUCGUCGUCAGUCUGAAAGACGGCAUGUUCCAGAACGCGAACCGCAUUUUCCGCACUCGCUUCAGCGAAGGUACCAGUAUGGUGCAGGCUCUCACGCCAGCGGAUAUGAAGUAA